AUGGGCUGCUGUAAUUCAAAGGAAAAGGUGCCAAAGCCCACCACUGCACCUGCCGCCGCUCCAAAAGCUGAAGCCGUCGCGCCAGUCACCAAAACGCCUACACCCGCACCUACUGAGGCAGCGAAGAGCGAAGUGGUGAAGGAAGAAGAAGCGAAACAAUUGACUCCACAACAGGAACGUUUGGGUCGUGUGAUUGAGGCAAGAAACUCCACAUUCAGUUACAGUAAAUGCACUGUUGACGGUGAAGUUUCUUCAUUCUUUCCACCGAAGGGUUUAUGCUUCCGCAUUGUGCGGGAUGGCACAUGGUAUUUCUACAAUGAUACUCUCAACUAUGAGAUGCAUGUAAGCUAUACCUUUAGCCCAGACUCUAACAUUACACCUGGCAAUCGAACCACAACUAAAUCAAAUGAAAAUGGCUGGAUUGUCGUAUCUGCUGUUGUUUAUCCUUUGGAGACAAUUGAAUUUGUUUCUGGUGGAACAGAUCUAUACAAGACUGAGGUAAGUGCAGAACCCCUUUCUGAAGAAUUUUACAAAAACUUACAACCACUCAGUGAGGCCGCAGAGAAUGAACUUCGUCAGAUGCGUGAGCUGGCACCUGGUUCAAGUGAUGAGGAAACUCGACUUCGUCGAUGUGUGGAGACGAAAACACCUUAUACAGAUUUGAGUUUUGCCCCAUCAGCCAAUAUGCUUUGGCGUAACGGCAUAGAUAGCCGACGCUUCCCAACGAUGGAAUUUCGACGACCACGUGAAUGUCUUGAAAAAGACAAUAAUAACACUGCAAAUAUAGAUGUUUUUCGCGGUGCUGUUAUUCCACAAUGUAUUGAAAAAGGUCUUCUUGGGGAUCAUUGGUUCAUGUGUGCCGUUGCCAUUCUUGCACAAGAUGAGCAGCGUUUAAAGGAACUCUUUACACACUCCGUGGAUGAAGAAAAAUCACUUGGUGCCUACCGUGUACAAUUUAACUUAAAUGGCUGGUGGAAUUCUAUUCUUUUAGAUGACUUCCUGCCAACGGUGAACGGUGUACCUUGUUUUGCUCGUGUGAUGGAUGAUCCAUAUGAACUUUGGGUGUCAUUGUUACAAAAGGCAUAUGCGAAAAUGUUUGGCUCCUACGCAAGCAUCACAGGAGGUGACGCUGCACAUGCACUGCGUGACUUUACAGGUGCCCCUUCCUGCCGUUAUGAUGAUAUUUGGAAACGUGCGAAAGAAAUGGACGAUGAUUUUGUAAUUAACGCUAUGCAGAAAUCCAAACUUGAAGGUCAUAUUGUGGUUCUUAACACACCACUGAGUGGAAGUGGUUGUGUGAAUGUGGGACUACGUGAGGGCUUCACGUAUGAAGUGGUGUCUGUACACCCUGUGCCAGCUGCUGGACUAACACUGCUGAAGAUGCGCAAUCCGUGGGAUCCUGCAACCCCGUGGACUGGUCCCUGGUCUGCAGACUCCAUGGAAUGGCAGCAGCAACAAGAGGUUCGUGAAAGUUGUAAUCCAGAUUUCACAGAAAAGGAUGGAACGUUUUGGAUUGAAUUUAAGGACGCCUUAAAGUAUUUUGACGGUUGUGCUGUUAUCUUUACAUCCGAUGAGCCUACCUAUGAUCACCGUGUGCGUGGUGAGUUUAACAAUGUACAUCCCAGCGUGGUGUUGAUGGUGCAUGCUGUGGAGCCAGUGGAUGUGGUACUCACACUCACACAACGUGAUAAACGCGGUUUACCACUCACCGACCCUGAUGCGCUUCUUUCACCCAUUAUGUUAAGUGUUUCCCGCGGCGAUGGCAACAAGCAACAUGUGGAUAAGUGCACCUCUGAGAGCUUUCACGAUGCAUCCGAUACGUACAACUUUGUUGUUUCCCGCGAGGUUUCCAUGCCGUACCGAUUUGAGGCGAGCCCCACGCCGUACUUUGUGAUUCCACGCAUUCACCGCAAAGGCACAUCGGAGGGUCGCAUGAAGGAAUUUGUUGUUGGCAUUCGCUCCGCCACGCCGCUUGAGGGGAAGUUGGAUGUGCAGUUGACGAAGAUUGACAGCAGCAACUGCGUCUUCCGCAAUCGCCUCACAUUUGUGGUGGAGGACACGACGGAGGUGAUUCGCCCCAUGCAGAUGAAGCCGCCGGGUGAGACGGUCGUGAUGGAGGCCGGCAGCAAACUCUCCACCGCCGACUACAAGAAGAUGUAUCCAGUGGAGAAGACCCCAGCGUCCUCCGAUGCGGUGAAAACACCAGAAGAACAAGAACAGCAACCAUCCUAUCCGGAGGAAAAGGAAAAGGAAUUGGAUUCCAUCGAUGAUGUGAACAAGCAGUUGAAGGAUGAGGAAGGACGUGAUUACGGUGUGACGACGGAUGAAGAUACGGUGGAUCUCAAGACACAAUUAUUGAAGCCAGGAUCUCAGAUGAAUGCUGGAAGCAAUCACGUGAAUGAAGUGAAGGAGAAUCACGUGAAUGGUGAAGCGAACAGAGUUCAAGCGGCGGCAUAA